AAGCGUUACUUGUCCAGGGCAGAUUCCGGCGUCGGCGGGGGCUCGGAGUCCAUUCUCAAGCGUCGCAAAAGGCGGCCUAAGCCCGGCAAGGGAAUGCGCAUUGUGGAUGAUGAUGUGAGCUGGACAUCUAUCUCCACCAGUAAGCCAGAAAAAGAGGAAGAGGAAGAUGAUGGAGAUUUGCCUGUGUGUCCGAGGCGUUAUGGAUGAGAAACAAGACAAAUUCACACAGACUACCGAGUCCUGUGGAGGAAAAGGGACAGCACGAUUACUCUCAAGGGGAGAGCACCUCAGAGUGGCCUGGCUAUUCUCUCAAGAGGAGAGUGCGCCAACCCUUGCCUCGACAGGCUUUUAUUGGCUUUCAGUUUGCACAGGAAUACAGGUGGCUGAAUUUGUGGAUGAGAGACCAGAAGAGGUAAAGCAGAUGGAAACCUUUCGUUCCAGUGCCAAAUGGAAGCUUCUGGGAGAUCACAGUGAGGAUCUACCUUCACACAGACAUUUCCGUCAUGACUGCCUGGAUUCAUCUGCUCCUAGGAGGAUCUGCCAUGGCACCCCGGACCCUUCUCCUCCUAGGAGGGUCCAUCACAACACCCCAGACCCUUCUCCUCCUAGGAGGGUCCGUCAUGACACCCCGGAUCCUUCUUCUCCUAGGAGGCCUCAUCAUGAUUCACCGGAUCCUUCUCCUCUCAGGAAACAUUAUUGUCCUUCAGGUAUAUCUCCUAAGAGGGCCCAUCACAGUUCCUCAGAUAUUUGUCCCCAUAGAAGGGCCCGUAACAGCUCCCCUGAUACUUCUCAACCAAAAAGGACUCUUCAUUCCUUGGAUUCAUCGCAGCUCAAGAGGCCCUAUCAUGAAUCCCCUGAUUUGGCACCUGGUGUUUCUCAUUCACUGCCUAGAACCAAAAGCAGUAAAGUCCCAGAAGAAGCCUCUAGCAAAAGUUCUCCACAUUGGAAGGGGCCAGGACACUCUCAUCUUUCAGUCUCGAACAACAGCAAAUAUGAAUAUGAUUCAGACCUCUCUCCUCCACGAAAAAAGCAAGCAAAAUUCCAUUUCAGAAAUAAAGAACAUGAUUCUAAAGGCUCUUCACCCAGCCAUAGGAAAUUUCAUUCAAGCUCUUUAUCUAGAAGACAUCAGAGUCACACGUUGGACUCUUCUUCCUACCCAAGUGACAGUCGGAAAGCCUCUGAUUCAGAUCUUUCUCCUCCACGGAAUAAACAAAGGUCAGGGCGCCAGGAUUCCGAUUCAGAUCUGUCACUUUCACGGAAUAGACCUAGACACCAGAGCUCUGACUCUGACCUCUCUCCACCAAGGAAGAAACAGAGGGCCAAAUCUUCGGAUUCUGAUCUGUCUCCACCUCGAAGGACUCAGCCUUUGGGAACAAAGGCUGCACACAUGUAUUCUGGGGCUAAAACUGGGUUGGUGUUAACUGACAUACAGCGAGAACAGCAGGAACUCAAGAAACGGGACCAAGAAACCAUGGCAUUUGAAGGUGAAUUCCAAUAUGCUGAAACCAUAUUUCGAGAUAAGUCUGGUCGUAAGAGGAAUUUGAAACUGGAACAUUUACAGCAAAGGAGAAAAGCAGAGAGGGACUCAGAGAGAGAUGAGCUGUAUGCCCAGUGGGGAAAAGGGCUUGUCCAGAGCCGGCAACAGCAGCAAAAUGUGGAGGAUGCAAUAAAGGAAAUGCAAAAGCCUCUGGCCCGGUAUAUUGAUGAUGAAGAUCUGGAUCGGAUGCUGAGAGAACAAGAAAGAGAGGGGGAUCCCAUGGCCAAUUUCAUCAAGAAGAAUAAGGCCAAGGAGAACAAGAAUAAGAAAGUGAGACCUCGUUAUAGUGGACCAGCACCUCCUCCCAACAGAUUCAAUAUCUGGCCUGGGUAUCGCUGGGAUGGAGUGGACAGAUCCAAUGGAUUUGAACAGAAGCGCUUUGCCAGGCUUGCCAGCAAGAAGGCGGUGGAGGAACUUGCCUACAAGUGGAGUGUUGAGGACAUGUAACUUUUCUGGGGCUGUGGGGGUGGUUGGGUUGUGGUAGUAGACACAGGGCAGCCAGAUAUCCAGCUGUAACAGUUGUCUAUGUUAAUAAUCAGGCCCACACAGACCAGCAACUCUUUGAAUGCUAGUUUUUACCACUAGCAUUUGAGAGAAAGAAUAUUUGAGAACUCAUGUUUGAACUGAGGCACCUGUAAUUUCUCAAGUUGUGCUGACACUGGUCGUUAUUGCUGGCUUUCAGAAGAAACAUUGAUUUCUGAGUGUCUCAGGAUUUGUUCUUGGUUAGGUUUUUUAAUAAACAUAUAUUUAUUUUUUUAAAA